AACGCUGAUAAUUUUCACACAAAGUGAUGACGUUUUUAGCAAAACAAACCAAGAAAAAUACAACAGCUGAUUAGUCAGCGACGCAAAUAAGUGAAAAACACAUAUAAAUCCUGAGAGUCAUAACGAAACACAAAAUCACCAGUGUAUAUGUAUGUGACAGUGCGGCAUGAAGCUUGAGACUAAGGGAGGUUGAUCAAUGUACAACCCAAGUACGGCCCUGGCGGAAGGCAAGCUUCCCGUGUUUGUGUUCCCAACCAGCCUCACAUUCUAUUCAGAUGAUCAGGCUACACACAAGCAAGUCCUGACACUCUAUAAUCCAUAUGAGUUUCCACUUAAGUUUAAAGUGCUGUGCACAGCCCCGAGGAAGUACACAGUGGUGGAUGCCGAGGGUGUGAUAAGGUCAAGAUGCUGUGUCGAUGUUGUUAUCCGACACACAGACAUCUGUAUCAACAAUGAAGGAAUGAAUGACAAGUUCCGUAUCCAGGUUUCUGAACACGGGCAAAGAAAGAUUCUUGGUAAAAAGGAUGUGAAUGCUGUGUUGUUGCCAAGCAAGGGACGAGAGCGAAGCCCGAACAGAGAUGACACAUUCCUGGCUUUACCACAUGGCCAAACUUCAACUUCUGGUGCAGAUACCCAGACCACUGUGCCAAACCAGGGAGGGCGUCCCAGGCAAGGAGCAGGCCCCAGUUUCAUUGUGAUAGUCACGGGGCUAGUGUGCAUAGUUGCGUUGAUGUUACCUCAGCAAGGGGAGACAACUUCCAGACUCCCCGAUUAUCUCCACCUGUCCCACAACCAGAAACUCAUAGCUGCUUAUGUACUGGGUCUGGUAACAAUGCUGAUACUCCAUAUAUGACCAUCAGAUGACUAAUUAUCUGCUCCUUGACCGCUUCAUACCUACAUUAUAUCAUUACACAAGUACUUACACUUAUGGCCAUUAAUCCAGUUACCAGCUUGUCAAGCUUUUUAUGGCCACAUGUGUAACUCCAAGGGUACUGCUUGUAUUGAACUUCAAGCCAUUCUUUGUGUUUGUUUUGUUUUUUCCACAAACAAAUAAAACAUAGCCGUACGUGUUGAACACUGCUGUACCAAAACAUUUGACAAGAAGGAAUUUUUGAUGAAAAAAAAUGAAGUGGGUUUAUUUGUAACCUGAAGGCGUGUGCCUAUUUUUAUCACGAAAAUAUUUUCACUAAACUUCAUAUAUAGUGGGCUUUACGGACAAUUCUCAAUAUUCAGGAUAAUCGGUUUUUCUUAGAUUGAACAAACAAACUGAUCUUGGACUCAGGACUAAUGGACAUGGCUUAGAUUAACUGAUUGCAUGAUCUUGAUCUCAGAACAAAAAUAACUGGGUCAAUUUAUCUGUCAAUCGGAAAUUAUGCUUCAAUCCAUGUGUUAUUUUUAAGUAUAAGCUAAGAUAUUUUUGCUUCAAGUGCUAAAUUACGUAUGAGUUUUUCAUAGUGCAGAAACGGACAAACACUAAAAGUAUGCAUGCUGGGGAACGUUUCAUCAGGAAUUCUAGGAGCAGUUUUGUUUCUUGGAAGGAUUGAAAAUAGUACAGUGCUGGUGUAAAUCUCACCAAUGUUUGUUAAAAUUCCAAGGUUCUUGAUGAAAUGGCCCCAGGAAAACAAUGUUCUAUACUUUGAUAGAAAGUAGGUAAAAACCAAAUUAAAAGCUAUAAGUACCCAAUUUGCCAAUUUGAGUCAUAUUCUUAUAGCAUUUGAGGGAUAUUGUGUGACUUUGAACAGUACAGGGCAAAAAUUCAAACUCCUUCCUAGGUAUGAAUUAGUUCCUAGAAUUCUUUAUAUAUCUGCCCCAAUCUCCACAUGAAUCAUCCAUAUAGCCUUGAACUUGUGUUUGAAUGUUGUGUUUUGGUUUUAUCAAAGUUUUGCUGUAUGUUUAUAUGUACUGGUAUUGAUGAAAUUUUUAAUAGUUAUAUUCUAUUUAUGCUUUGAUGUUCACAUUAACAAGUUAUAUUUAUUUCUAUAAUUAUAAUUAAUUCAUGAGUACACUUUUAAUAUUGUUUUACAUUGUCAUUAAGCCAGUUUGUCCAUAGUAUUUUAAUACAAAAAGACUUAUUAAAAGUAAUUUUACCAAAUUGUAAAGCAUUAUCUUAGUUGGCAUGCUAUAAGUAGUGUACAGAUAAAUUACAAAGAUAUUGCAAUAUACUUACACUACUUAUUGAAGAAUAACGAAAUAUGUCUCAAAACAUUUAUAAACCAUAGCAUAGUGAUUGAAAUUAUGCCGCUCUCGUACUUCGUUUUUUUUGUGUAUAAUCUCAAAAACUCAGGUUGUGUUAACAGUUAUACUAUUACUUGGAGCAUGGCUGACACAAACUGAUUUCAUUUCAACGACUUGGUUCGGAGUCCUUAAAUUUUCAAUGCACAUUGUCUGGUAGAUGACCUAAUUGAUUUUGAGGUAAAUGGUCAUUGUCAUGGUAACCUUCACUAGAAACAUUAGGGGCUACCAAAACAUUGGUAGUUUAUGGUUAGUAUUAGCCCAACAGGAAUGAUAAAAUACAUAUAUAUAUGUUGUGUACGUAUUGUACUAUUUUUAGUAGGAAUCAUUACUGAUUGUGAAUUUUAAGUAUGUUGUUUGACUAAUUGUCAAAGGUGCUUUUUAUCAGUUGAACAUUGUAUGAUUUGCCAAGCGUUUUCCGUAACAAAUGUCUCGAAAACAUAUGUUGUGUUGUGAUUUUAAUUAAUUUUUAAAUUUGUUCUGUAUAAUUGAUUAUGCUUCAUUUUGUCGAACUCUUCACAUUGCAUUUAUCAUACGUAUGUCAUAUUUAUUAUAGCAGUAUGUAUCAGGAUGGCUGAAGACAGAUAUUUAGCGAUAUAUCACAGUCACAAACAUACAUUCAAAUAACCAGUAUAAACACCAUGUUAUCCCUAGCUUAAAACGCAGCAGAUAUCAUUAAAGAUUGGAAAAAGAAGCCAUCUUAAAAUGUUUAUAAAAUGAAUUUAAAGGGACUAGAUACCAGAUGAUACCAUUGCAAAAAAAGAGAAAAUUGUCAAAAAACUUGAAAUUUAAAAAUAGUUGUUAUAUGAAUAUGUACUAAUCACGUGACUUUCAAAUGCUAAAUAUACACAUAAUAAUAUGGGAAACCAUUAGGGUCUAGAUAGCGACAAAAUAUGAUUUUAAUCUUGUAAAAUGAUGUAUUAUAGGCCUCCUAGUAGCUUGCUUUGAUAGUUCUAUGCCUGUUUUGAGGAAAUAAUAUAUUUGCUGAUUUUUGGAACAUCUGAUGUCAAGUUCCUUUAACCCUACAUAGUUACGGUAGCAAGGUUAUGCCAAGUUGCGAAGACUAGUAAUAGUUUCAAGUCUUAGCGGUUGCUACACCAUAAGUUGUCUUCUGAAAAUGAUCAUACAUCACACAGUAUGUCUAAACAAACGAAUGUUAAUAUUUUGAGACUAUUCAUACAGUGUAUUAUAUUUCCAUGGAUAUUAAAUUGGUUUUAGACAUCGCAAGUGCAAUAACAAUAAAUGUGUAAAUAAACUGUUUUUACAAACGAA